CACAAGACUUCCCUGUUAUCGGACCAGGGAACAUACCGAUCUACGCUUGGGGAAACCUUUCUAAACAAUUUAGUAUUUUAUUUAAAUUUGUAUUAUUAUUAUUACAGUUUUGGUGCUAUCUGGUAGAUAGACAUUUUAUUGAGAUGUGACCAUGAGAUGGUGGUUUUUUGGAGUUCCUGAGGAUCCCUGUGUUGGUCUAAACACUUUUUCACAUCAUCUGAUUUAUUUGCCUCUACUGCAGGCAACCAAAGAGCAUGGAGAACCUCACGCAAGCGCAAUGGCGGGAAAUUAUGAACAAGAAGAUGCGUUUCCCGCCGACUCUGAUUGCGGCAAUCCAGGCAGCGAACGUGCUGCAGGUGUCCAGGCUGCUGGCAGUCAGUGACGGGAUCCUGCGGCAGCUGGAUGAAUCAGAGGACCGCUUGUGGAGGGAGGCCCUGAAUCUGGCCAUCCGGCUGGGCAACGAGGACAUAAUAAAUGUCCUCCUGGAGUGUGUCAAGUUCGACUUCCGUCAAAUCCAUGAGGCCUUGCUGGUGGCCGUGGACACCAACCAGCCCACUGUGGUCAAGCGCCUCCUGGACAGGCUGGACCAUGAGAAAGGGGUUGGCAACAACAAGGUGGACAUCCGUUCCUUCUCGCUGGCUAUCUUUGACCACUCCAUCGACAAUUCACAUUUUGCCCCCGGGGUCACCCCGCUCACACUGGCCUGCCAGAAAGACCUGUAUGAGAUUGUGGAAAUGCUGACCAAGAAGGGUCACGUCAUCCCCCGGCCCCACAAGGUCUCCUGCACCUGCCUGGAGUGCCGCAACGGGCGCCAGUAUGACCUGCUGAAGUUCUCACUCUCCCGCAUCAACACCUUCCGGGGCAUCGCCAGUCGUGCCUACCUUUCCAUCGGCAGCGAGGACGCCAUGCUCAGCGCCUUCCGCCUCAGCCGCGAGCUCAAGAGGCUCUCCAAGAAGGAGCCCGAGUUCAAGCCUCAGUACUUGAGCUUGGAGGACCUGUGCCAGGAGUUUGCAGUGGAGCUGCUGGGAAUGUGCAGGAACCAGAGUGAAGUGACGACGAUUCUGAACGACUGCGGAGACGACAGCGAGGAGGAACUGGACCAGCAGACCUUCGAAGAGGGCAUCCCCAACUUGGCUCGGCUGAGACUCGCUGUCAAUCACAACCAGAAACGGUUUGUGGCCCAUCCCAUCUGUCAGCAGGUGCUCUCGUCGAUUUGGUGCGGCAGUCUGUCUGGCUGGCGCGGCAGCAAGACCGCGUGGAAGAUCUUCGUCUCGCUUGGGAUCUUCAUCACCAUGCCUGUGCUCUGUCUCAUCUACUGGCUGGCUCCCAAAUCCAAGAUCGGAAAGAUCCUGAAGAUCCCGGUGAUAAAGUUCCUGCUACACUCUGCCUCCUAUCUGUGGUUCCUGAUCUUCUUGCUUGCGGAGUCCAUCAUCAUGGAGAGUGACCGGGAACACUUCUCCACGCGCAACCAGAGCAUUCUUCAGAACUCCUUCCACAUGGUGUGGGUGGUGGGCUUCUUCUGGCAUGAGUGUAAGGAGGUGUGGAUUGAGGGUAUGCGCAACUACCUGCUGGACUGGUGGAACUUCCUGGACAUCAUGACCCUCAGCAUGUACUUGGCCGCCUUCAGCCUGCGCGUGCUCGUCGCCCUCAAGGGCUACUUCUACUGCCUGGAGUCCGAAACCACACUGGAGUGCGUCUACUUCACACAAACCGGACGAGAGGGGUGGCGUCAGGAGGACCCCCAGAUCAUUGCUGAGGUACUCUUUGCUGUGACGAGCAUGCUCAGUUUCACACGGAUGGCGUACAUCCUACCUGCCCACGAGUCUCUGGGAACAAUGCAGAUCUGCAUCGGGAAGAUGAUUGACGACAUGAUGAGGUUCAUGUUUAUCCUGAUGAUCAUUGGAACAGCCUUCCUCUGUGGAAUCAACAAUAUAUAUGUGAACUACGUUGUAUCCCCACGCCUAGGACAGUUCAAUGAGACAUUCCCGUUCCUGUUCUGGACCAUGUUUGGGUCAGCGGACCAAAGCGCGGUGGACAUGCCUGAGUAUGUGGUGGCUGAGUUUGUGGGGCGGGUGAUGUACGGGAUAUUCACCCUGGUGAUCGUCAUAGUACUGCUCAACAUGCUCAUCGCCAUGAUCACCAACUCCUUCCAGAAGAUAGAGGACGACGCGGAUGUGGAGUGGAAGUUUGCACGCUCGAAGCUCUAUCUCUGCUACUUCAGGGAGGGUCUCACCCUGCCGGUCCCCUUCAACGUCAUCCCCACCCCAAAGUCCUUGUUCUACUUGCUAAGGGGCAUUUUCCGGAAGAUCUGCUGCUGUUGUAAAACCAAGCGAUUGCCGGACUACCCACCUAUUCCCUCAAUUUCAAACGCAGUACUGCAGGAUAAGGAUUUCCCCAUGGAGAGUCGUGUGUCAUACAGGCUGCAGGUCAUCAAGGCGCUAGUGCAGCGAUACAUUAAGACAGCCUGCAGGGAGUUCGAGGAGAGCAAGAGGAAAGAUGUUGGCAAUCGGAUUACAGAGCUGAACAAAGUGGUGGGGCGACUCCACUCUGAAAUGAAGCAAAUUCGCAAGAAACUCACCCAGGGCACUUCCAUUUCCGGAGAGGAAGAGGGCGCUAGCAUACUGGGCAAGUACAUCCUUGGGGCCAAGACCAACUUCCGGACCUUCGACCAGGACUCCCUGGGAUCCGAAGGGUCUGUAAAAGUCACUGUGCACCAGAGAGAGAGAGCGGGGGUGGGUGAGGGUGAGGGUGAGGGUGAAGGCCAGUGUGUGGAAGAGGAAGGGUGUGAGAAGCAGGCAACCUCCCCCACUGACAGCAAGUCCUCUGAAGACACGGAUACGGGGUUUGGAUCGCAGACGGGAGAAGAGUUGAUUGAGGGAGGCGAGGAAGUGAAUUAGAAAAUCUCACGGGGGGGGGAUACGCCAUAAUUGAAAAAUCAACAAUGUAGUACUUUAUAGUUUUUGACCACAAAAAUACCAAUAGAAUGUAAUAUAGGGUUCUGUAGGAUACAUCAGCAUGUUUCUUGCACAUCACCCGACAAUAUAUAAAUAUAUAUAUUACUAUAUAUUUUAUAUAGUAUAGUUACUUUCAGAUAAUCCUUUUGAACUUCCAUCCAAUACAAACUAUCUUAUUCAAGCCAUCUGAGGCAAACAGUCUGAUACAAUGAAAUUACAGAUGGCUGUAUCACAUCAAUAUCAGGGUCUACAAUAUAUUAAGUGCAUAGAGUUCAAGAUCCUGUAUCUAAUUUUCAAUAGUUCCCAUUAUCGAUUGCCUGAAUGUGUAUUAGUAACAUUUUAGCAUUUGUGUUAGAAUUGCACAUACCUGCACCGCACGUUGUUUGAGUUAACUCAGAGAGCCUGUUAAAACUAUGUAUUGGAGAGAUUAUAUAUUUUCUUGUAAAGAAACCUAUUCUGCUGCUUUCUAUUACAAAGCUGCUGCUACAGACAAGGCAUAAACUCUAGAAACAUAAAGAAAUGUUUUAAUUAAUUGUUACUGUCUAUUGCAACAAAAAACAGGCCCACAGCUAAGUAACCUGGCACUACAUUAGUAAAAUAGUAUCUCAGUUCUUCAAAUCUGGAGUUGUUAAUUUCUCGUUUUGUAAUUUGGUGCAGGCUUCACUGCUAAAAAGGUUUGAACAAAAUGUGGGCGACUCACCAUUCAUCUCUUUUGUACUAUUUUAUGUUAAUGUAGCCUAUAAUUCAGCUCAAUAAAAAAAUAAGAAUACGUAAGUUUAAAAAUAAAUACAUUAAAUGUGGACCACAGAAAAAAAACAAACAAAAAAAAACGUUGUUUGGGUUAUAUUUAGUGCGUCUGAUUUACCGGUGAAAUAUUUUUUCCAAAUUCGGGUGAAAGCUUUUUUAAAAAUCAGGUAGAAUUAUUUAAUGAAAAAAUCAGGGUGCAUUUUUUUUAUAUAUAAAGAAUAAAUAUUCGGGUUGAAAAUCGGGUUUUAUUUAGAAACAAAGUUGUCGUCAACAGUUUAAAUCAAACGUAUGUAUAUUUCCACACAUUGGGUGUGGUAUGCAAACUUUUGACGACACCUCUCUACCUCUCUCUCUCUCUCUCUCUCUCUCUCUCUCUCUCUCUCUCUCUCUCUCUCUCUCUCUCUCUCUCUCUCUCUCGAGGAGUUUUUGGGUUUAACACGAACGCAGAAAAAAGCAUUCGGGGGCGGGGAGAAAUCGGGUUAAAUCGGGUAAAACCCGAAAAUCAGACGCCCUAGUUAUGUUACAUACAGCUGUGCUUCAUCUUCAAUGUUUGUUUUUCAAGGGCUCCCACAAUAUCGUAAUACAUCACUCACCUUUAAGAGUAACAUCAUGAAAUCUGUUAAUUGUGCAAUGGGUAGCAGACAUUUUGAUAACUAAUGCAAUAAUUUACAAUGUAUUCUUUGCUUCUUAUCAGCAGCUGGCCAAAUGUGGCCAUGAUGGAGAUACUUAAAGAGUAAGUAGUGGGAUUCUGAAAAAUAUAGGGUUAUACAUCCCCACAUGUUCCUAUAACUGUUUAAAUACCGUACCAGUAAUUUUUCUUUUCAUUAUUAAUAUCCAGACAACUUUUUACACAAUUUUAAAAUGUGUUUCAAAUCUCUUUUCAAAAUGGCCGCUCUAGUACACUGGGGUUUGAGAUCUGUCCUCUAAAUCACUGCAGAAAGAGCGAUUAAAAAAAAAAAAAAACCAUAAGUGCUAUGGCUUUUCUUUUCCUACCACAUCGUUUAUCGUUAUUGCUGUUACCUUACACUAGUGCACUAGAGCGGACAUUUUGAAAAGAUCUUUGAAACAGACUUCACAGUGUAAAAAGCUGUUAACAAUGAAAAGAACUAUGACAGAUACGUCAUUUAGCAACACGUGGGGAUGUGUUCGGAUCCCCGCUGCUUACUCUUUAAGUAGGGUGUUUGGGUUGGGUUUUCUUUCUUUGGGAAGCCUGUACUUGUUUAAUCAUUGAUGCAAACUGAAUGUAACACUUCUGCAUCUUUGUACUGUUCAGCUACUAACCUCUUGCAAUAAAAUGGUUAAGCCAA